AUGGCGGACCCUCGGCGGGCCUGGGUGGUGCGGGCCGCCGCGCCUCGAGCGCCCCCAGCGGCCCGGAGGGCGCCCCGCACGCUCGGCCGGCGCCCCGCGUCCGCGCAGGGCGUUUCCCACGCUCGGCGGCGUCGCCGCACGCUGCGGGAGGGGCGUGGCCGCGCGCCGAUUGGCUCCUGGCGAGCGCGAGGGGGCGUGGCCAGGCGGUUUCGCCAUAAACUGGCUCCCAGGCUUUGGGCGGCCAGAACCGGCGUCGGAAGGGCCACAGCGUGUUCUACUCGGUCGCGCCAGGUCUGGGAGCGACCGGCCCAAACCGGACCAGACUCGAACUGGACCGCGUCCGGAGCGACGUCCGGGCCUCGCUCGGUCUGCUUGCAUUCCGAGACGCUCCCCUCGCACCCGGUCUUGAUCCGCGUCCAGGGCCUACAUGGCGGGAGGAGCUGGCUCCCGCUCGGGGUUCGGGCAUCUCGGCCGUGUGGCGGCCUCGGGGGGACGUUGUCGCGUUCGCUCCCCGUGCGGUCCGGGCGGGCGGGAGGAGCGGCACCCAAGGGCCCUUCCCGGCUCCCGCCGCUGCGUGUGUGCGUGUCGGGGAGCGGGUCCCUUGGCGGCCCCCGGGCGCUGGCCGGCGCACCGGACAAAGGGGGUGUCCUCCCAGGGCGGACGCGCGGCUUGACUUCCUCUCUGGCCCCACGGGCGCGCUUCCCUUCUUGGCGGUCUCUGAAACCCGCCCUGCCGUGCUCACGGCACCGGGGCCCGGCCUGCGCGGGACCCAGCAGGGCUAAUCCUGCCCGGGGAUGUAAUCCGGAUCGGGACCCGCUCCCAAGGGGAGGGCCCCGUGCUGCCCUCCCAUUGUUCUGGGCGCAGGUGAGCGUCUCUGUUCCCGCUGGACUCCUGUUGCUCUCUCCCGGGCCCGCCCCCUGGGACUUAGGCUGGGCGGGUUCCGGGUUGGCCCUUAGGGGGCCAGUGGACCCGGGGGGGGGGCAGGAGCCCUACUGCAGCAGCUGGACAGCGGGCAACGGAAUCCCAAAAGCAGCUGUUGUCUCGAGAGCAUUCCAGCUGCGCUUGGAUUUCGUUCCCUGCUUUCCUGCCCGAGCAGCACCCAGGCCCGGCUGGGGGAGCCCCUGGUGCCCCUGUCCCGUCCUCCCGGACAAGGCUCUGGGCCAGCGGGCUCGCACGUUGUCGAGGCGGGACUUGAACCCGCAAGCAGCGCUGCAGGCCGGCGGCGGGUCCCACAGGGCCGCCUCAGCCCACAGCCCGCUAAAGAUAGCCCUUCACUUCCUGGGGAAAAACCGCCCCAACGGUCUGUGCAGACCCGGCUGGGCGGCGGGCUCGGGAGCUCGCGGCAUGGAAAGCGCUUUGGAAUGACACGAUCACUCCCGUUGAGUGGGCACCCGGGAAGCCAUCGGGAAUGUCGUGUCCGCCCAGUGCUCUUUCGGCGCCUCUCGGCGGGGCCCCCCUCGCCAAGUUUCCCCAUGUCCCAGGGCAGAGCGUGCAGGGGUGGGUGUGUGCACCCCGGGGGAGAAGGGCUGGCUGGGGCUCUCUCCCCGAAACAAGCCGGAGGUCUCCACUGUGGUACCCCAGGCUGACAGAGAAAUAUGCAAAGCUAGAGAUCCUCUUCCCCUCAAGGGCCAAGAGAGGAAGGUGGGCGAUUUCAUCGGACACUGGUUGGUAAUAACUACAACCCUGUAUCUUCAGCAAAGAAGAUCUUGUUUGAAACUGAACCCGGCACGGUAGCCUAGUGGCUAAAGUCUUGGGCUUGCACGUGCGGGUCCCAUGUGCCGGCCUGGGAAAGCAGUGGAGGAGGCGCCUUGCCCUGGAUUGGCUGACUCGUCUUAGGGAGUGAACCAGCGGAAGGAUCAUUUGUCUCCUCUCUACAUGUAUAUCUGCCUUUCUAAUAAAAAUAAAUUGUGAAAAAC